GCAGGCCCUCCGCCACGAGGGCAGUGUCGGGAAGAGCACGGAGCAAAUCGUCUUGACUGCGAUCACACAGCGCGUGCCGGGCAGCCAGGGGAUCAGGCCUAGCCAGCAUGGAUUCGUGAAAGGCAGGUCCUGCCUGAGCAACUUCAUCUCCUUCAAUGAGCAGGUCACAGUACAGGUUGUGGAUGUAGUCUACCUGGACUUUAGUAAAGCCUUGGAUUGCCUCCUACAGCGUUCUCCUUGCAGAAGCUGCAGCCCAUGGCUUGGACAGGCAGCUAACAAAUCAGCCAGGAGUUACAAGAGCUGUAGUCAGAAAGGAGUUACAGUGCGUAUAUCCUGCCAGGAAAUUUUAGAUGUUUGCUGGCAGCCAAUGAAAGGAGAGAUAAACAAUGCUGCUGACUCAUGAGCAGGAAAGCUCUGACUGCAUUCAAAGCAGACUCGCACUGGGUAUCUGCAGCAGUAUCACUACAACACUGGUAGUUUUUAUGCUCGUAUUUCUGAAGAGCUUAUUCCUGAAGUCAUUAUGUCUACUAUAAUGAUGUCUGCAGACCCUGAGCAGUGCUACUUGGCAUGCCAUGCAUGGUGUUACAUUUUCUGGAGGACCUUGAAGAGAUUUCACUUGAAGUUUGUUUAAACCGGGAAUGGACAUUGCUGCUUCAGGAUAUAGCAAAUAUCAGAUGCUGUAAGUCGGAACAUCUCCUGCCUUCUCUUGGGAUUUACUGCUACCAGAGACUUGUGGGGAUAGUGACUGAGUGGAUGAUCAAUGGAUCCCUCCACUCACUCAUCCACGAGCAUCAACUGUACCCAGAUCUUCCAUUUCCCUUACUCAUAAGGAUCCUGUCAUAUGUGGCUGAAGGGCUGCAUUACCUUCACAGCCUCCAGCCUGCUGUCUGCCACUGCAGCCUGAAACCUUCCAGUGUCCUUUUGGAUGCACAGUACAGAGCCAAGAUAACAGUUUAUGGUCUAACCAACUGGAGGCAUCAGAAACAGAGGUCAGACCUGCAGAACUGUCAGAGAAAAUGCCAGGGUUUAGUGUACGUCCCCCCUGAAAUACUUGAAGGAGGUUCUCCUUCACAUGAAGGUGAUAUUUACAGUUUUUGUAUACUGUGCUGGGAGAGCCUAGGCAGACAGUAACCCUUUGAAGGUCAAACAACCCUACUGACAGGGAUCUCUAACAGUUUGCAGCCUGGCAAUUCAGAGAAGUGUAUACCAAGCAAUUUGCCCAAGAGGAACAGACUGUUGCACUUUGUCACUGUAUGCUGUCAUCAGGAACCAGAUUACAGACCAUGUGCUGCAGAAAGUGUAGACCUUCUAAAUGGGAUUUUGACUAAUAAGAAGGAAAUUUCCACUGCAAUGUACAAUCUGAUGCAUGCAAAGGAGACAGCAAUUAAUGCAUGCAAAGGUUCAGAAGUAUACACAUUGCAGACAGGCAUACAGAACUCAGAGGUCAUCUGUCAACAAAAACUCAGCCAAGUAAUGAGCAAGAAAAUCCCUCCUGUAGUACCAAGUUUGUCACCUGUUCUACUUGGUAGCAGUACAAAUAUUGCAGGAAGAGAAAAUAUUCUUGAGGCUUAUCUGGCAAAUCCUAUCCUAGAGGACUCAACAAAGAAAGAUUACCCACACUCUGACAGAAGAAGACCUUUUCGUACUCUUCCCUUACCUGGUCCAACUGCAGGUGGAGAAAACUGUCAGCGUAAGGAACCACCACCAACACUUAAGCACAGUCCACAAACUAUGCACCCUGAACAACCGGUGACAGGUCCUUGCUGCAAAGGAGAUUGCAGUCAAAUACUGGCCAGCCAGAGAGGAACCAUUCUGAGCUGCAUGUCAGAAGGACGCCUCAACCACAUCCUUGAUGUCCUUCGCUCACAGCAGAUGCUGUCCCGAACAGAUUAUGAAACAAUCAUUUCUUACCCCACAGUGACCAGCCGUGCUCGGGCACUACUAGAUAUUUGCCUCUGCCUUGGAGAGAGGGCAGCACAGGUAGUAGUGGCUGUUCUGACAGUGAACAAAUGCAGUCCUGUGGCACGAGUCAGCUGUCAGACAGGCUGUCCUGAGACAAACAGGUUGCUGCUGUGACAUAAUUUUGAGGUUUGCUACAUGGAUCAGAGUACUGGUAAUUUGGAGUGGCAGUGAUUCACAUUAAUUCCUCAUAAACCAUUGAAAUCAGUUCUUCCUCCAGCCCAUAACUGUAGUCUUCUCAUGGAAAAAAAACUACCUGGAUGAAAAGAUCACGUCAAUCCACUGCCUGCAGAAAUUACCAAGACUGGUAUAACAAAUUCUGAUUAAGUCAAAUGAUACCUUAUUUCAUUGAUUUUGGAAGUCAGAAAAAUGGAUUAUGAGAUUUUGUAGAUCACACAAAGGAAGAACAACAGUUACUAAAUCCUUGCAACUAAGGACAGUGAAGAACAUGGUACUGUACGAGGAGAAAAAAAGAUAUUGCCUUUCACUGAACUCAGCACUGAGUCACCUGUCACUGUGAAAGACUUCAGAGAAUUAAGAAGUAUUUCUUAAUUCUUAAUAUAAGUCUUGAAAAUUUUACAUUAUACAUAUGAAUUAUUUUAUUUUUAUUUGCACAUGGUCAUAUGUUAUGAAAACAUGGUGCUGAUAAUAGCAUUUUGGAGAGGUGGGCUUAAAGUACUGGUAAAUAGAAAAGCACCGAUACCUUACAUUCAUGUUGUUCUCUGAGUGUGUCUGCAGUUCAAAUGUAAAAUUAAACCAGGAAGAGGAGGUGCCAAGCUGAUCAUUUUUGAAAUGGUGGUUCUGCAGAACUGUAAAGGAAAGCAUACCAAGACUAUAACAAAAAUGAGGUUAUAAAAGUACUGGUUUUUGAAGGCAGAGUGGGAUUCCUUCAGGCUGCGAGGCACUAGAUUAACAUGAGAAAACUUGUUAUAUGUCAGGUACAAAACUAUGCCAUUCCAUUUCCCUGCAUUGCAUCUGUUCUCUGCAGUUUGAAACUGCCUGUCUAAUUCAGUAGUUUGACAGGCUGUAAAAUUAAAUUAAAUAAUAAUGUGUUUUAUAGGCACAGUUGAGAAAAGAGAUUUAUUUAAUGUACUACAGCAUUGCUGGUACCAUAAACCUUAGCUAGAAAUUAUUUUUAUAUACAUUCAUUAAGCUUUAAGAUUGCCUUGAAAUUAUAUAUCAAUAGAAUUAAAAUCAGCGUCUGUAAGAAUGUGCUGAAAAUGGUUUUGCCUGUCAAGGGAACUAAUGCUGACUUCACUGCUGAGUGUUUUUUCCAAAGACUGGAUUAGCCUUUACUAAGAAAGGAUGUCUUGCUCACAGGGAAAAGAACUACUGUCACGGUGUUUUGCUUGAUUAGAAGGUAUAAGGUAAUCAGAGUAAAGCAGAAAGUCAGUCAUUUGUAGGAAUUAUUUAUACACUUUUAAGAAGGAAGCUAGCAAUAUUAUUGAAAUUUAAUUAUCAACUUCCAGUAAUUAUUCCAUUCAGUUCUUCCGCAAGACAUUUUUAUCAUUCUGACAGAUGUGCCAGCUGGUGGGCUAUGUGAAUUUGUGCCUUUUUUUUUUUUAACGUAGGAACAGUUUUGGAUCUCACUUUUCUUGACACAACUUCCUAUUUGAGAAUUUCGUUUGAAGCCAGACAAUCCCAGUUUUAACUGAUAAUUAAAGAAGUGUCAUGAAAUGUGUGGGAGCAGAAGUUACCUGUUUUUGAACAGAUUUUAUUCUCAUAUUUGGCUUUCCAAUUCCAUUACCACUGUGUUUACCAAGACUUUUGUCAAGAUAAUCCCAGAAAAUAGUUUGUAACCAAUUACAAAACAAAGGAAAAUCUAUUAUUUCAUGUUCAAAUGAGCCCAAAUGGAAUUCUUUAAGUAUGUUGAUUUUUUGUCCUGUACUCAACUGAAAUCACUGCAUGAGUUUGAGAUUUUGCAUGGGUACCUUGGCUGAAAGCACAGUCAUAGGCCAACUAUGCCACUGCCCAAAUACUUAAGCUAAUGCAGACUUAUGCCUUAAUGUAAGCAAAUGCAUAGACUUCCUCACACAUCUCUUGUGCAAUAUAACCGCUUCUUUGGGUAGGUUUGACAUUUACAGCUGUUGGGAAUUGUUUUUUUUAUAAGUAUAGUAUUUUGGAGGGAUGCUUUUAACUCACUGAAAUAAAACUGCUGUUGAUGUAAUAAGUUUUGUUAGAGAACUGGGAUACAGUGUCCUGAAGUAUGCAUCCUUUCAUUUUUUCUCACAAAAAAUACAUACUCUUACAAGGCCUGUAAUAAGUUGGCAAGAUACUAAAGACAUCAGUGUAUAUACAUUAAUUACUGAUGUGAAAUAUCAAGCUUCUUAAAACUCAUGGUAUUUUUUUAUGCUUGUAUCCCGACCAUGUUAAUUAUAAAAGAUUUUAAUUGUUCCUGCCCGACUUUUCCAUAGUUUACUUCAUAUCACAAAAUAUGGACUAAAUGGCACUGAGCAAGAGUGAAGAUAGCAGUAUCAAACUGUUUCUUAAUAACUGUGGGAAGAAACAAGAGUAUUUAGAGUUCUAGAAUGGAAAUAUGUAACAUAGGUAACUGGAAAAGAGCAAAGGGAUUUAAAAAAAUAAAAGGCACUUUGGAGGUGAACAUAGGAGUGUUCACAAAACAUGA